GGGUGCAAGUUGCUCUUCUAGCUCAAAGAAGAAGAAGAAGAAAAACAGGGCCGAAGAAGAAGAGCAGCAGCGGUGUUGUGUCUCAGCGGCUCCAGACUUCCAGACAGCUUUCAUCAGAGACUUAAUUAAACAACCGGAACCACAACAUUUCAGCGGGUUGUCCGUUUGGAAAGAAUCGUGACUGUUCAGCGGAACUCGAGAAACCAGUUUACUCAGUCCAGGGGAGACCAGUUCAACAUGGACGCCCAGCAAGGAGCUCCAGGACUCUCUGGUGGACAUGUACAGAGCUAAUCCAAGAGUGAAUGUGGAGCUGCGACAGCGUCUGCCCUCACCUGCACCACAGCAACCCAGCAACUUGACACAGCAACUCAGCAGCUCAAUACAGCAACUGUGCAGCCCUGACAGAUCUGUGACCAGCCUGAGCCUGGAUCACACCGACUGGCCUCAGGCCCCUCAUCACCUCCCAGAGCCUCCUUCCUCCUGCUCCCCCUCUCCUUUGUUCUACAGGAGGUCUGUCUCUCCCGUCUCACCCGUCUUCCACAGGAGGUCUGUCUCUCCCGUCUCACCCGUCAUCCACAGGAGAUCUGCCUCUCCUGUCUCACCCGUCAUCCACAGGAGAUCUGCCUCUCCUGUCUCACCCGUCAUCCACAGGAGAUCUGCCUCUCCUGUCUCACCCGUCAUCCACAGGAGAUCUGCCUCUCCUGUCUCACCCGUCAUCCACAGGAGAUCUGCCUCUCCUGUCUCACCCGUCAUCCACAGGAGAUCUGCCUCUCCUGUCUCACCCGUCAUCCACAGGAGAUCUGCCUCUCCUGUCUCACCCGUCAUCCACAGGAGAUCUGCCUCUCCUGUCUCACCCGUCAUCCACAGGAGAUCUGCCUCUCCUGUCUCACCCGUCAUCCACAGGAGAUCUGCCUCUCCUGUCUCAUCCGUCUUCCACAGGAGGUCUGUCUCUCCUGUCUCACCCGUCAUCCACAGGAGAUCUGUCUCUCCUGUCUCACCCGUCUUCCACAGGAGGUCCGUCUCUCCUUUGUCCUCCAGACCUCCAGGAGGUGCAGGGCAGGUGAAGAUGGAGCUUUCACCCAGCCGAGGCCCUUCUCCUCGGGGAGACAGCUGUGGAGACGGCCCUGAUGGAGGACGAGCAUCCAGAGGUCCUGGUAGUCCUGCCCUCAGACGACACCUGGUCAGCCCUGAUGACAGCUCUCAUCAGGAAGUCACGUUUGGUCCGAGCACAGCGUCAAGUCGAGGUCUGACGUUUGAUCGAGACAAAAACAUCUCGUUUUUACUGAAGGAGCUCGACGCACUCAGAGACAUGAACAAGAAGCUCCAGGAUGAGCUGGUCCAGAAGGAGAAGGAGCUGCAGAGGAGGGAGGUGGAGGAGGAGCUGAGGGAGGAGCAGAGGGAGGCCAGAGACUGGGAGAGACCUGCAGCGGUGUUGGAGGAGGUGUUAGCUGCUCAGAAGGACAGAGAUCAGGCUCUGAUGUCACGACUUCUGCUGGCCAAUGAAGAGAGAGAUGAAGCUCUUCUUCGUGCACGCCAACUGCAGCAGGCCGCUGAGCUGGACAGAGUUCACCUGGAGGACACUGACAUGGACGUGGACGAGCUCCUUCGGUGUAUUUGCGACGCCGACUCUGUCCAGGAAGUUGAACAGUUUGGUUCAGUUCUGGUUCAGCGUUUGCGGUUGGCCAGGCAACGGAGGAGUGACAUCACCGCUCAGGAGAUGAAGGCCGUGAUGGAGGAGAGAGACACCUCAGUUGCCAAGUGUAAACGUCUGGAACAGGAAGUGAUCCAGGAGCGAGAGCAGAGGCUGAGUGAGGUGGAUCAGCUGAGACUUCAGCGAGAGAGGGGCGGAGCUCUGGAGGACCGUUCACAGAUAGAGGCGGAGCUACAGGUGCUACGAGCCAGCCACAGCUCUCAGGACCUCCUCACCACUCCUCCCUCACUGCACAGUGAUGGCGUCUCUCCAGCGGAUUCGUUGACAGCAGCUCAUCAGGCCCCGCCCCUGCAGGUCCAGGUGCAGCAGCUGGCGAAGGAGAAGCAGAGCGUGGAGGCGGAGCUUCAACGUUGUCAGGAGGCGGAGCGAGAGGCCAGAGAGAGAGUCCGCAGGCUGGAGCGUCUUGUUGAGGUCCUGAGGAAGAAGGUCGGGACAGGAAGCCUCCGAGCUGUCAUCUGAUGUUUUGCUGAAAUCAAUGAACACUCAGUUUUUUUCUAUUUUCUGUCGUCAGGUUUGUCUAAAGAUUUUUUUUUUUUUAAUUUUUACUCUUUAUAAACAUGUUGUGUUUUUGAGUAUUUCUUCUCUUUUGAUGUUUCUUCUGUUUAUCUUAUGUUUCUACUCAUGAAAUAUUUCUGAUAAUGUAUUUGAAUUGAUUUUCAGAUGUUUGACAGAUGUUUGUGAAUCAAAUAGACUUUUGUUUUCGGUACUUUUGUCAAAAAUAUGAUGUUUAUGAUGGCUGUAUUCUUUUUUUUUUCCUUAAUUUCAUGUUGGCUUGCAAUAAAAUGUUAUUACUA